GCAAAAAUGGCGGUCGUUGUUUGGUUACCAGGACGCCCAGCAUGAUCACCGAGAUGGCGAAACAUAAGUAGAACCUAAGUAAACACUGCUUACUGUCUAAGGGUGAUGCGUUAAAUCACUGCCAGCAAUCGAGCUAGGCGAAACGUUCAAAUACACGGAAAUGACUGACGUUCAGGACGAAGAGUUAACACUGGCCCUGAUUACAUAUUACUGCCAGGAGAAGUUUUACAAUCAUGUCUUGAACGUCUCAAGUGAAGCCCAGCGCAAAUUCAGCAAUGAACCGAUCUUCACAUUCUUCCAUGCAUACGGUCUCCUGGCGCAGGACCGUGUGCAGGAGGCCAUCGAAGAGCUGGAGCAGUUGAAAAGUAAGAGAGAUGUAUCUUUGUGUACACUGAUGGCUCUGGUCUACGCCCAGAAGAAAAGACCUAACCCAGACAGAGACACCAUCCAGGAGCUAGAUGCCAAAGUUAAGGAGGAUCGUAAGGGUGCUAGCCCAAAGGCCCUGUACCAUGCCGGGGUGUUUCUCUGGCUCCUGGGCCGUAAUGACAAGGCCAGGGAUUAUGUGGACAGGAUGAUCAAACUCUCUAGUGGCUCCUCAGAGGGGAUCACGCUGAAAGGGUGGAUAGAUCUGACCUCUGGUAAAGAUGCCUAUGCCAGGAAAUCUGGGAAAUACUUUGAUGAGGCCCUGAAGGAGAAAAUCAGUAUUUUUGCUCUGAUGGGAAAGGUGCAGUAUUACGAGUUCCGUCAGAAUUACUCUGGAGCUUUAGAGACAGUAAACCAGGUCGUUGUCAGUUACCCAUCCUUCAUCCCUGCUCUGGUGAAGAAGAUGAAGCUCUUGCUGAGUUUACAGGACUGGGAACAGGCAGUGGAUGCUGCUCAGAGGCUUCUUCAGAGAGACAAAACCAAUCUGGAGGCACUGCGAAUGCUGGGGCUGCACUCUCUCUGCAGAGAGGGUGACAUCGAGGAGUCAGUGAAGCAACUAUUGAACCUGAUCAGCAACCUGGACCACCAAGAGCCCAACAACCCUGAGCUCCUGUAUGGAAUGUCAUUGGCUUUCACUCGAGUGUGUGGCAGGGUGGAGAAGGUACUGCAGCACACCUAUGCGCUGGUGGAGCAGGCGUUCUCGCAGGCGCCGGGCCGCGCGGAGACGGCCACUGAGCUGGGCUACCUGCUGUGCCUGCUGGGCAGGACGAAGGAGGCCGCAAAGUGGUACAAAACUGCCAUGACGCUGGACGAGAGCAGCGUCUCAGCUCUGAUAGGCAUCAUCCGGUGCCAGCUGAGCGAGGGUCACCUGCAAGGAGCCGAGCAGCAGCUGGAGUUCCUCACUGAGAUCCAGCAGUCCAUCGGCAAGUCAGCGGAGCUGAUGUAUUUGCGGGCAUUGCUGGCCGCUAAGAAACAGAAGUCCCAGGAUGAGGUGACCAGUCUGCUGAACGACACAGUGGAAACACACUUCUCUACCCUCCGUGGUCUGCCGCUCAGCGUGGAGUACUACGAGAAGCUCAACCCCGACUUCUUGCUGGAAAUCGCCAAGGAGUACCUGGCAAUCUGUCCUGCCAAGCCAGUGACCCAGGGCCAGGCUCCUGCACCUCAGCUGCAGCACUGCGCCUCUGUGCUGGACACCGUGGUCAAGAUCGCCCCUGGACUCCAUCAGGCUGUGUUUCUGAUGGCCAAAGUCAGGUUUCUGUCAGGUGACAUAGAGGCAGCUCAGAGCAGUCUGCAGCACUGUUUGGACCAGAAGCCGUCCUUCGCUGAUGCCCACCUGCUCAUGGCCCAGAUCCAUCUCCUUCAGGGCAACAUCAGACUCUCCACCCAGUCUCUGGAACUGUGCCUGAGCCACAACUUUGAGGUGAGGGAGCACCCUCUGUACCACCUGAUUAAAGCGCAAGUUCAGAGGAAGACAGGCGAGCUCCGGGAGGCCAUCCAGACCCUGCAGCUGGCCAUGAGCCUGCCUGGCGUGCGGAGGGCCGGCUCCUCUUCCAAGAGCAAGGCCCGGAAAGGCGAGCUGAUCCCGGCGGACUGCGUGUCCGUGUAUCUGGAGCUGGCCGAGGCGCUCUGGCUGAACGGAGAGCAGCACGAGGCGGCUAAGGUGAUGCAGGACGCCAUCAACGAGUUCACGGGCGGCCCAGAGGAGCUCCGCAUCACCAUUGCUAAUGCCGAGCUCGCGCUGCUGAGGGGCGACACCGAGCUUGCACUGAGCAUGCUCAGAAAUGUCACGCCGGAGCAGCCCUACUACGUGCAGGCCAAAGAGAAAAUGGCGGACGUCUACCUGAACCACAGGAAGGAGAAACGUCUCUAUGUCAGCUGCUACAGGGAAUUGGUGGAAAAGAUGCCCAGCUCACACACAUACCUCCUAUUAGGAGAUGCCUACAUGAACAUCCAAGAGCCCGAGAUGGCCAUUGAGGUUUACGAGCAAGCUUUGAAGAAGAACCCUAAAGAUGGCACCGUGGCAAGCAAAAUCGGCAAGGCUCUUGUCAAGACCCACAACUACGCUAAGGCCAUAAACUACUACGAGGCUGCCCUGAGGAGCGGCCAGCAGAGCUUCCUGCGCUACGACCUGGCCGAGCUCCUCAUGAAGUUGAGGCAGUACGAGAGUUGCAGAGGGGUCCUGCUGGAUGCGCUGGAGCACGACCCCGUGAAUGAACUGCCCUGGCUGAUGGAGGACUGCCGCUACCUUGUGCUGCUGGCCAGGGUUCAGAGCAAAGUGGAUAAAGACGAUGAGGCCUUGCUUUCCUUACACCGCGCGAGAGACGUCCAGGCGAAGGUGCUGAAACGCGUCCAGCUGGAGCAGCCCGACGCCGUGCCUGCCCAGAAGCAGCUCGCCGCCGACAUCUGCGCCGAGAUCGCCAAGCACUGCAGCAGGCAGCAUGGCUACGAGCGUGCCGUCAAGUUCUACAAAGAGGCGCUUGUGUACAGCGAGAGUGAUGGCAAGGUGAUGCUGGAGCUGGCCCAGCUGUAUCUGACUCUGGACGACGCAGAAGCCUGUCAGCAUCAGUGCGGCGUCCUCCUGAAGAACGACCCCGUCAACGAGGCUGCUACGCUGAUGAUGGCUGACCUGAUGUUCAGGAAGCAGGACUACGAGCAGGCCGUCGUCCACUUCCAGCAGCUGCUGGAGAGGAAGCCAGACAACUACCCGACGCUGUCGCGGCUCAUUGACCUGCUGCGCAGAGCAGGCAAACUGGAGGAGGUGCCCAAGUUCCUGGAGAUGGCUGAGAAACACUCGCCCAGGGCCAAGUUUGAGCCAGGAUACAAUUACUGCAAGGGCCUUUACCUGUGGUACACCGGGGAGCCUAAUGAAGGUUUACGGCACUUCAAUAAGGCUCGUAAGGAUGACGACUGGGGUCAGAAUGCAGUGUAUAACAUGAUUGAGAUUUGCCUGAACCCAGACAAUGAGACAUUGGGGGGAGAGGUGUUUGAGAACCUGGAUGGAGACAUGGGGAACUCCACGGAGAAGCAGGAGUCUGAGCAGCUGGCGGUACGGACGGCCGAGAAGCUCCUGAAGGAGCUGAAGCCCCAGACGCCACAGGGCCACGUGCAGCUGCGAGUCCUGGAGCACUACUGCUACCUGGCCACCAAGCAGAAAGCCAGCGUGGAGAAAGCCCUCGCCGCCUUCACUGACAUCGCAAACAAUGAGAAAGAUCAUGUUCCAGCUCUGCUGGCCAUGGCCACGGCCUACAUGAUCAUGAAACAGACGCCACGGGCCAGGAACCAACUCAAGCGCAUUGCCAAGAUGAACUGGAACAUCAUCGAUGCGGACGAGUUCGAGAAGAGCUGGCUCCUCCUGGCCGACAUCUACAUCCAGUCGGGCAAAUACGACAUGGCGGGGGAACUCCUAAAGCGCUGUCUACGCCACAACAAGUCUUGCUGCAAGGCAUAUGAAUACAUGGGUUACAUCAUGGAGAAGGAGCAGUCAUUCAGGGAUGCUGCUAUGAACUAUGAACUGGCCUGGAAAUAUGGCAGCCAAGCCAGCCCCACCGUUGGGUACAAGCUUGCAUUCAACUACCUGAAGGCAAAGAGAUACGUGAAUGCUAUAGACGUUUGUCACAAAGUUCUGGAUGCACACCCAAACUACCCAAGAAUAAGAAAAGACAUCUUGGACAAAGCAAGAGCAGCUCUGAGAUCAUAAAAUAGUGUGUGUGUGUGUGUAUAUGUGCUUAUGCAUUUGUUCAAUUUUGAGGAAGGUACGUGUUAAGAGUAACCCGCUUUUGAGUAACUUUGUUUUAAUAUUUUGGUUUGACAGCCAUUUCACAAUUAAACCUUGAAAACAA